GGCGGGCCACGCUCACCCCGGCGGCCCGGGUACGUCAUCUCCGCGCCGUGCCUCUUCUGAGGAGCGGAAAAGCGCCGUGACGUCGUUGGCUGAUGACGGAAGAGGGAUGGGCGGGACCAGUUGUCCGCGCGUCGAGGGAGCGCCGCGUCACAAAAAGCUCUUGUCGCUCUUGGAUUAUGUCCCCAAAGGAUCUUUGCAGCUCUGCCCCAUCUUAGAGCUUGGAUCCAGAGCCCCCAAGACUGAAUUUUCUUGCUAAGCUUCUGCAUCUUCCUCUGAGCAUACAAUGGCUACUCUAAGCAGGAUGCUAAGGGUCUUGCAGCUUGAAGCCUUCUCCAGGCAGUUUCCCACUUCUUGUGGGCUGCACACAUCUGCCAGUAAGCACAAUUCCAACCGAGUGGCCAUUUCAUGCCUUUCGAGGCAGAAGUACAGCCGGAAAUAUCCAGUGAUGCUGGUGAGGACUGAUGGCUCGACGAUCAAUGUCCGUUACAACGAGCCGAGGAGGAUCCUUUCGCUACCUGUAGACAUCACUACUCUGCCUGAAGCUGAGAGGAAAGCCCGGCUGAGGAAAAGGACCGCCGGCAGGCUGAAAGUCAAAGAGGAGGUUCCUUUGGAAGAUGACUUUAAAUUGGACGAUUACAGGAAGUACUGGAAGAAAAAAUGAUUGAUUUUUGUCUCUGCUGGGGGUGGGGUUUAGGAGGAAAAGAAACUUUGUCACAGCAGAUACUCCAGGUGCAGUCCUAGGCAUGUUUGGAGAGAAAAAAGGCUACAACCCACAGGAGUUGUAAGUUGUUGGGAGUUGUAAGAACUUCUGUCUAAUCAUGGCUUGGAUUUAGCCUUCAUGUUGCAAAAAGUGCUGCAAGGAGAUGAAAGCAGUCCCCAAAUAAAAAGGUUUGUUUUCUUUA